AGGGCAAAGUCAAUCUACUGUCAAAGAAAAAUAUUUUGACACAGCCAAACCAGCUCAGCGAUAUGGUGCAGUUCUUCGCUAUCGAUAAACGGAAGUGCGGAUAUAAAGAAUGCUCGCAAAGUAUUGGUGUAUGGGCUUAUGAGUGCUGCGGUUCCGGCAAGUUGGAUUGUUGCGGAGGUCUUACUUUGGCUGGUUGGCUCACGAUUGGCAUUGUCGCCACAUUGCUCGUAAUUAUCGUAUUGAGUGUCUUAUGCAAAAAGUAAUCAAUGUCUUUUUUUACGGACGACUUUGAAAGCCAGCGCAUCUCCUUAAAGCACCUAAUGCUUUUGUUCCUUUUUUCCAAAUAAAUCAU